AUGUCGGGAAGAAGAGGUGCAACUGCCAAUGGGGAAGGUAGUCGCCGAGAAAAGUUGUACGAGAGCAUCAUGGGUAUCGCGAUAUGCACUACUAACGCUACUGCCAUUCCGGGAAACGCCGAUGAAACUGCCGCUGCCGAGGCGGCCGCCAAAGCGCUUUCCUCCCGACUCGUUACCUUUGUCACUGGCUCACCAAAAAAGCCCGAGUGGACGUCCACCCGGAAUUGUGUAUUGUCAAUGGGGAAGCCACGGACGGGACCCGAAACGCCCCUGUGCUGCUUUUUGAAAAGCAUCCAACGGGAUCGCACCAUGGGAUGUCAAGUACAAGCAGCCCGGGAACUCAAACCGGAAGAAGUACUCAUGACCAUGCCACAAUCCGCCAUGAUUUCACCCAAUCUGGUGACCGCGAGUGAUGCCGGAAAGGUGGUCUUGGCGUGCAUCUCACACGCAACCGGCACGGAAGGAUUCUGGGACUUAGUGGAAAACACAACCUUGUGCAAAGCAACCUUUUUGCCCAAAGUGGUGGGGAAUACGGGGCCACAGUUGUUGGUCAAGAUUUGGCAGGAACGCAAAAAGGUGGAAGCCCUAUUUAACCAUCGGAAAAAUAGUCCCACUACGGCUACCAUUGGGGCGUACUCAUUAGCGGCAUCCAAAGGUGUGUCCACACAAGCGCCGGUAUUGGCAUUGCUUAUUCAUCUGCAAUUUUCCAACACCAGUCAACCCGGGGUCUCAUCCGGCAUACAAAAAUUGCAAAUGGCGCUGGAGAGUAACGACGGCAACGCCUUGCGGUCAGCAACCAGUGUGCAAGUCCCUUCCGGGGCCCCGGAGACCUUUGCUCCGUGCGCAUGGACUCUACCAUCCUCUGUGUCGAUUCCGCUGUGCUGGAAACGUAAUGAGCUUGCACUCUUGGCAGGAUGCAUUCCGGGAGUAUCCUUGUUGAAAGAGGUUGUCACCAGCACAUUACAGCUUGACCCGGAGUUCACCGCCUUGCUGGAGGCCGGCAUUCUGGAACACUUCCCGGAAACAUUUCCACCGAGACUCUUGACCUGGGAGCAUUGA